UUUGGUUGACUUUGACAUUCCUUUUGAAAUGCUACAAGAUGACCUUAAUACUUCAGCUGGAUUGCAUUUCAUGGCCUCUAUAAAAAAGAAAGCUAUAGGAAGUCAGGAUGCGAGUACAAAUACAGACCCAGUACAAGAUAAGGAAGCUACUUCUCAAGAAGUUGUUUCUGAAAGUGGGAAAAAUCAACAAAUCAUUUCUUGCACAGCAGAACAUGAACCUUUGAAUGUUCCUCAGCUAUUGGAUCCAGAUGUAUAUCUAAAUCUCAAGCUUUCCACUGAAAUAUCAGAGAAAACUUUGUCACCUUCAACACCUCUUACAGUAACAAAUUUGGUUGGACAUACUUAUAUAAAUGUGAUUGACAUUGAAGCUGAUGAUCUACAGGAAUUACCUGGCAGAGAAGAGCCUUCAAAUGACAAUGUGAUCAAGCAGCAAAGUGAUCAUCCAGAGGUUCCAUUGUCUGCAGAGUUACAUUAUGUGGCAGCUUCAGUUACUAAUGCUUUUCCUCCACACAAUUUUAAGAGUCAAGAAUCUGUCAAUUCUGCUAUGGAUUUAUUUUCUAAACCUGCAAAAAAUCUGAUUCCAGCCUGUCUGGAUGGAAAAAGCUGGAGAGCUAGCAUUGCAGAUGUGAAGGAGCCUGGUGUCACCUCACCAACACCAUCAGACAUACAGCAGGACAAAGAUCUGCCAAAACCAGAGUUCCAAUUCAAAGAAGAGAGAGCAAGGUCAGACUCUGCAGAAGAUUACCCGUUGUGGAAACUGCUGCAGGAUGUCUCUGCCGCUUGCCCUGCACCAAGCCCUGCAGCUCGCCGACUAGAGCAUCUCACCUCUAAGCUUCAGAAAAUUGAUGAACAGCUGUCAGCAAUACAGGACAUUGCUGAAAAUAUAGAGCAGGAUUUCCCCAGGCCUGAAAUGCUACAUCUGCGUUGUGAUAAGUUUGGAGGAACAGAUCACAUUGAAUUGUCUUCUGGCCCAGAAUUUGAAAAACCAUUAGCUUCAAAAACCAUUAGCAUUUCUGAAGAAGUACAUUCUUUGACUCUUAUGGAUGAGGAAGAUCAAAGUGAGGAAACUUCAGAAGUUGAAUUUUCAGUAACAGAAAAUCAUUCUAGUCAGAAAACCUAUGUGUUUCGUACUGCCAGUUCAGCUGUCAGCCUUUCCAGUGACCAGAAUGCUACUACUCCUGGUAUGAAUAACAGUGAUGAAUUAUUUGAGAGUGUUUCAGAAGAUCCACUCCAGAUGACUGGAUUGACUGAUAUUGCAGACAUUAUUGAUGACCUUAUAACUAAAGAUGGAAUUUCCAGUGAAGAGCUUGGCUUAACAGAACAACAAGCUAGGAAUAUGUCCAGAAUUAAGCAUUCUUCUGGCAGACAUCCACAAAGAACUGAGAAGGAGAGAAGAGAGAUUCAAGUAUGGAUGAAAAGAAAACAAAAAGAAAGAACGGCAGAGUAUCUAAAGGAGCUGGCCGAAAAGAGAGAGCAAGAACAUAAUCCUUUCUGCCCUAGAAGCAAUCCAUUUUACAUGACUUCAAGGGAACUCAGACUGAGACAAAAGAGGAAGCAUGAAAAAGACAGAUUGCAGCUCUCUGAAAACUUUAGUCGUCGAAUCUCACAAGCAUAUGGUCUGAUGAAUGAGCUAUUGUCUGAAUCAGCACAACUACCAACAAUUGCACCGAAACCAUUGCCUAACAAACUCAGCACUACUCAACUGUCCAGAUGGCAACACUGCCCUUCUCCAAGAGGAGAGAAUCAACAUGGUCACAACUGUCCAUUAAAUCGACCUAGAAAAGUCAAAUAUAUAUCCAAACCAAGUUGUACCCAUAAGGGAAAACCUUUUGGGCAACCUCAAGGCUCACCUUCAUCACGUGGCUCUAAUGCUCCAUGUCGAAGUUGGCAGCAUACAAAAAAACAUGGAUGUGCUGGGCUUAUACCUCACACCAAGCCUGCGUGUACAGAGUACGAGAGAGAGGAGACUGUGGUGAGUCCCUGGAUAUUACCCUCAGAAAUUUGUACAAUCCUUCAUGACAGUCACAAUUCCCUUCUACAGGACUUGUCACAAACUGAAGAGGAAGAACCAGAACCUUCUUUUGUGGUGGGUGGCAUGGACAGCAUUUCUGAGAGCACUGGCAGCAUCCUUAGCAAGCUUGACUGGAAUGCCAUUGAAGACAUGGUGGCCAGUGUGUAGGACAAGAGCCUGUCUGUCCACUGUGCCCUGGACGUGUAAGACCUGAAUAUUAUUCUGUUUCCAAGUACAGGCCAGCACCUUAGUAAUGUGGUUCUGAAAUAUUUGUGGGUUUUAGAGAGAGAAGCAAUGAAGGAAGCAAUAGGAAUUUACCACCUGUAGCCAUAUUAUUACCUGGGUUCGCCAUUUUAAGAGGGAAAAUAAACAUUUCUCAAUAACUCUGUCUUCAUGGGGAAAGACUUAAUUAUAGAUGUAUUAUAUGUUUUUGCAUUUGAAUUAGUGUAAUUUAAAAAGUGGUAAUUACCUUUCAAGCCAAGUUUACAUAUUUAAAGUGCUUUCAAUAAAAACUUUGUAUUUCA